UACCAGACAUGGAGUGACAUAUACUGAUUCAGGACCCCUUUCCUUUAUAAGGAUACACUCUACUGCAGUUCACCUGGGGAAGGCGUGGAGACAUCGCCAGUGAUACAUGGCUGGCUCCUCUUAUGUACAGCUAAAAUGGAAAAAAUUGAAAACCCUUUGGAGAUGGUGAAGAAAAAAAGGGAUACUGUUUUGGAACUUGAAAUCAGAGGAGUAAGGAAGAGUCAGGAACUACUGAGACAAACAGAAACUGAGAGGCAGAAGAUAACAUCUGAAUUUGAAAAACUCCACCAAUUCUUAGUGCAGAAAGAACAAGACUUCCUGGCCCAGCUGAAAGAGAUAGACAAGGCUAUUUUAAAAACACAGGAUGAGAAUAUUAAUAGGCUCUUGGAAGAGAGGACCCUUCUCAGCAACCUUUUAAAAGAAAUGGAAAAGAACCAUCAAAAGCCCGAAAAUGAAUUCUUAGAGGAUGUCAGGACCAUCUUGCACAGGCAUGAUAAUACUAAGCCCCCUAUGCCAAUUUCCAAGUUCCCUGACCUGGACAAGAGAAUCAAGAUUUUCUCCCAGAAACAUCAGUAUCUCAGCUAUUGUUUACAACAGUUCAAAGAAAAUCUGCCAUCUCCCCUGGUGGAAAUAAGAGAUUUUAUGACAUUGGACCCAGAAACUGCCAAUGCUUUUCUUAUGGUGACAGAGGAUCACCUGCAUGUGAGAAACGUAGGGACCAAACAGGAUGUCUCCAAAAACCCAAAGCGAUUUUCCUAUUUUUCCUGUGUCCUGGGGUCUCAAGGUUUCAACUCAGGCAAGCACUACUGGGAUACAGAGGUUACUCAUGGAGGUUACUGGGGACUGGGAGUUGUGAAAGAAUCAGUGAAUAGGAAACAGUGGUUUAAGCUAAGACCUGAAGAAGGAAUCUGGGCUAUCGGGCUGUAUCAAAAUCAGUACCAAGCUCUUACCUCCCCCUGCACUAGUAUUAUGUUGAAAGAGAAACCCAAGAAGAUCACAGUUGUCUUGGAUUAUGAAGAGGACUUGAUAUCAUUCUACAAUACUGAGACUAUGAAUCACAUCUUCACUUUUUCUGCUACUUUCACUGAGAAACUCUUCCCCUUUUUCUGGCUGCCCUCAAAAGGGUCUUAUUUAACACUCUGUCCCAGUAGGGAGUCACGCUUCCCUGAACAUUUCUUCCUCUCUGAGAAAUUUACAACAUGACAAAUACCUAGGAGUUACUGUCAUUGCCAUCUUCAUGACUGCAUGACGGAAUUCAGAUUUCUAUUCCUCGUUGGGGGUUUAAAUGUUGUGUAAAUGAAACUCACCACCCAUGAACACUUAGAGCCUUUUCCUGUU